CGCUGGAGAAAAGAAAUACGACGUUUGCAAUUAUCGCGUGACUACGGAACAUGGCGACCGCGAACGAUCGAGCCGUUCUGGAAGUUCUCUUCAACCCCCUCUUCGCUGAGAUUCCACCCGAGACGGAUGACCUCGAUGAUGACGUCAAGGAUUGGACCCCAUCCAAUCUAGAGGUGAAAGCCGUAGCGUUGGCUGAAACAGGGAGGUAUCGAGAGUCGUUGGAGAUGUUAACCUCCCUGUUGGCACGGAACGAUGUGAGCCAUCUGGACCGCGCAUCUCUGCUCAACGAUUCGGCGCAAGUGAAGAGACUGCUCGGAGACACUACAGGUGCUCGCCAAGACAUCGAAUCUGUAUUGGAGUUGCGCGUCAACAGACGAGCCCAAAGGCAGGCCCUUGUGCAGAAGGCCAUCCUGGAAAGACUGGACGGCAGACCCGAAAACGGUCUUGCCCUCAUGAGACAAGCCGCGGCUCUCGGAUCUCGAUUCGCCAGAACUCAAUUGGCCGUCCACAAGGAAAAUCCAUAUGCUGCUCUAUGCAAUCAAAUGCUGAACAGAAUGUUCGCAGAGCUCAGGGGCGAAUGCCAGUAAGAUUCACAAUCCUUUUCGCAGCGCCUGGUGCCAUUCUCGCAGGUAAUCCGGAGUACGGGUCCGAUGAGAGUUCUGAAUGGGUCUUCUCCAGGAAAGGUGAACCCGGGAUCGCCGGAAAAAAUCACGAUUUCACGAUAAUUCAAAUAAAGCUCAGUACGAGAAA